CGUCAUCGUCCUCUCACCCACGACGGCGAUUAUAAGCGGCGUGUCCGCGCGACGAGGAAGCGUGCAGCGCGUCGCACGCGGCAGCACGCGUCGCGAAAACAUCGAGAAUUUCACCGUCAUCGUCGUCAUUGUCGUACAGUGCGGAAAGUCGUGGAGGAGCGCGAGGGCUCGAAAAACGGGAGGCUUUCGGUCUCGUCGAAAAGACGAGAAUCGUGGGAGAUUCAGCCGUCGAUUUGCCGGCUCGAGAUCGGACCGGAUUUAUUUGCUGUGAAAAAAAAAAAGAGUGAGAGAUUUUCUUGAAAAAGGAUUAUGAGAGACGAUCAAAUCGACGUAAAAUGUUGAAAUUUAGCGUCCGAUAAUCGGUGACUAACAACGAAUGUGCGCGUGUAAUAGAAAUUGGUGCUUUAACUAACUAAUAUACAAAUUGAAGAGCAAUUCGGAGAAGAGGAGAUUGGAAAUUUUGGGAAACAUAUGCGAAUGAUUGGCUGUGCGUGAAUGGCCGUAUCUUCUGCGAAUAAAAAUCGAGUUAUCAAUUACGCUUGUUGAGCAAAACGAUUAACGCUGUUUAAAAGGCUGAAAAACUGAACCAAUCGAUUCUAAAUAUCUUUUAAAAGUUUUUUUUUUUUAAAGGGAGCGAAGCGAGCGCGCGCGACAGAGAAAGAGAAUCAACGAGAGGAUGAAUACUGCCCAUAUUUAUCGCGCGCGGAAAUUUUUACUCCAUGUCAAAAAGUAAAACAAUUCGCGCCAUUAAAAAGCGAAACGCAUUUGCCGCUGUUGAAAAAUAAAGUCAGAUUUAUACAAAAGUAAAUUUUUUCACGAACUCGUCCAUCGCUUUCGAAUAUUUUCCCGUUUCUACGUGUGUUUUAUAUCGUAGAGUUUUUACACAUAUACGCGCACCUUAUACAUUUUAUAUCCCCGACAGUGUCUUUUCCGCCAAAGUCCUCGAAAUGAUACGAGGGAUGAUUGAUCACUGCGGAAAUUGAGGGCCAGCACGAUAACAACGUAAGGUAUCGUGCUAGUAUCGAAGUGCACGUCUCUCCAGCGAUCUGUCAUCGCCAUUGUCGAAUCGCCUAAAAGCGGCUCUAAAUCUACCUACCUACCUACCUACCUAUCUACCUAGUUACCCCAAAGGGUUAAUAGCCCCGGAGGAACGAUAAUCCCCGCAGAGAAAGGCGAGUGACCUCUCUCUCUCUCUCUCUCGUCAAAACGCGUUGCGCCAUUUCAGGUGCGAGCUUCGACGAGUGCUUUAGAUGUGCUUCGAGGUGCGCUUCCUCGCGAAUUAUAGGAAAGGCGAGGAAAGAAAUUCAACGAACAUCAAAAGAGCCGGUGAUUAAUGAGCGCGGGUAAUUAAGAAACAUUAGGGAAGAGGCUGCCGAACGACUCCUCGUACUAUUCGGGGAGAGCGUGUCUCGUUCCCCGCCGUCCCCGUCUUCUCAAGAGGAUCCUAGCCGGAGGACAUCGUCGCGGGGUUGACGGUGGGAGGAGGCCGUCUACCUUCGAGGUAAGAGGAAGUGAGAGAAAGAGAGAGAGGGAGGGUGAAAGAGAAAGAGAGGGGAUGGGAGGCCUUUAGGGGUGGAAAAUCGUUGGAGAAUACCGUCGCGGUGAAAUCACUCCUCUCGAACGCUCGCGAGACGAUCAGACCACGAAGCAUCCCCUGCCAGGCCGUCCUUUUGCCUGCCUUCGCUCCCUCGCCUCGUUCGGCUGGAAGUGGAGGAAGUGGCUGUCUGAUCUCGAACGGAAUGACAAUAAGACUCCCUUUUGAUUAAUUGACAGAACGGAGAGAGAGAGAGAGAGAGAGAGAGAAAGAGAGAGAGAAUUAGUCUUCUCAUCGCUCGGAGCAGUGGAUUGUUUUGCAAGUGUUAAGAAGUUUCGGCUGCUUAUAGAAGCGACUAAAUGUAACUGUAACCAAGUAACUUGAGCGUAAAUAUAGCGAUUUAAACGAGCGAGCGACGCUUGAAAUAGUCGCGUUGAAAUACGGAAAUACAGCUCUUCCCAAGGUGUAUGAGUGAACGCAAGAUCAUUAAAGUGAAUUAAUAAAGAUAGCUAUAAUACAAAAAAGGAUAUACCAGUGAAUCAGCCUGUAAAGAACAUUUCAACGUGCAAAAAAAGGAACGCUCUCGAGUGCAACGAUUAAUCGGGCGAUUGUGAUUAACGACCGUCGAUCCUUCCUCGAUUCGAAGUGAUUCUACUAAUUCCUCUCGUUGCAUCUCGAGACUGAUCGAGGGAAAUUUUUCAGACGCGUGGAAACAGAGGCGUACGCGACAAUAACGCGAAUGAUUUCGGGGGGAGACGGGAUAUAAGUAGAGUGGAUCGAAAUUAGAAUUGUGUGCAGCCAGUGGAAGAGGGUCGGCGCUUGAUCAGGCGAGCCGGCCGGCCCCAGCCAAGCUGCACUACUGAAAGGAAGUCGUUUGCUUAAGAAGAUCUUUUACUGUACAUAUAUCUAUACACAUACACAUAUAUAUAUAUAUAUACAUACACAGUCUCUUCAUAAAAUUGUGUAUCACAAUCACGAAAAAGAAUACUCUCGAUGAGAGUGUAUCUCCGUUCACAAUGGAACGAUAAUUAUAACACGUCAGUAAAAUUUGUAACAAUCGAUCGCAUAUCAUCGCAGAGGAAAUAUCGAUGGAAUUUCGAUGCAGCUCGGGUGUUUUUGUAAUGUCCAUCUUUAUUUGAGUCGGAGUGCACGUCAAUUUGAAACGUAACAGUGAGUAAUCCCGACCUCCAUGCAUCUUUCUGGAAUACCGGGAUGUAAUCGUCAACGAUAACCGAACGAUAACAAAUCACGGCGAGGACAACGAGAAAAAUUGGAGAAAAGACGAGGAGUUGAGGCGCGACAUAAAAGCUAUAAUUUACGAAGGACGAAUUGGUGAAAAAUAAAGGAAUAACGUAAAACGAUAAGCAAGCAUGCAACGAGAAAAAGAGAACGCCAUUGUAUGUAACAACGUGACUGAGGACAAUAACGCUAAGAGAGGAUAAUCGAAGGCAAUCACGUGAAAACAUGAGCCCUUGUUGAACUUGAUACCGUGGCAUAAUCGAAAACAGCGAUAUAUUUUAACAACGCAUCGAUCGGGACGGGAUAAAUAUAUAGCAACAGUAAUAGACGAGACAGCGUUGAUAUAUCAAGUCGGUGCCGAAGUGGACAAAAGAGAGUCGUGGCAAACCUUUUGCACUGACUUGACAGUGAUACGGUGCAACGGAUUAAGAACGCGAAAGAAGUUGAAGAUUUCUCAUUUAGAUAUUUUCGAUGUGCUUCUAUGACGGGCGCUCGAACUUGAAGGAUUCGCGCUUGAGUAAGUGUGCCGCGUGUUCGUCCCGCAUGCAAGAUUGGGACGCGUAGCCGGUGACAGGACGGUCCUCUCGAUCGUGGAAUGACAAUAAGGGGGCAACGUGCCCGCGGGAUGCUAUCAUGCGGAGGACGACGGAUUUGAGCGGUACGCCAGCGAGGUGUCCGGCGAAGGUGUCGCAUCCCUUACGUGGGAUGGCACUCGGGACAUUGGCCGAGAUUGCGGUGAGACUCGUGAUUAGCGGCUACAUAUUCGCCGUGGUCGUCUACGUGAAUGCCAGCGGCAACUGGGAUAAGGACGAUGACCUAGUGUCCACGUCUAAGGUCAGCGCCGUACUUGGUCGUACCGCCACUUUGCCUUGCGACAUUGAGCCGUCCACGCGAGAAGAUCGCGUCUACAUGGUACUUUGGUUCCGUGAUUAUGCGGUAAAACCCAUUUACAGUUUUGACGUACGGGGUCGGGCUUUUAACAAAGCCCUAAACUGGUCAGACAGCACUGCCGUAGGGCCUAGAGCCUAUUUCGUCACCGUGACGAAACCAGCGGCCCUUUCCCUGGAGGCGGUUCAGCUAGACGACGAAGGGGUCUACAGGUGUCGCGUAGACUUCAAGAACUCGCCGACCAAGAACUUCCAAGUGAAUCUCACGGUGAUCGUGCCGCCGCAUCAGCUGUUCAUCUAUGACAGUUCCGGGGUGCAGGUGGACAGCGUCGCCGGACCAUUUCAGGUCGGCAUGGAGUUCGGCUUGUCCUGCGAAGUGAGAGGAGGGAAACCCACGCCGGUGGUGAGCUGGCUGGUGGACGGCAAGGAGGUGAACGGCAGACUCGAGGAGUUCGAGAGCAUCGUCGUUAGCAAAUUGACGGUGCCGCAGCUGCGACGGGAGCACCGCAACACGACGUACAAAUGCCGGGCGAACAAUACGCAUCUAAUACCGCCGCUGGAGAAGACGGUGAUCCUCGACGUUUAUCUAAAACCGUUAACCGUGAAGAUAUUGUCGAAAUUAACGAUUAUGGAGACGGAGAAGGACUACUCCAUCACCUGCGAGACGACAGGCUCUCAUCCCCGCGCCCGUAUCACCUGGAUCGAGGGAAAUGAGACGUUUCGGAAUGGCAAGAUAAUGGAGAGCGGCAAUGCGUCCGUGGUUUUGAGCACGCUGAUAUUCUCACCUGUCCCCGACGAUCACGGAAAGAUCCUCAAGUGCCGUGGCGAAAAUCCGGCUCUGACGGAUACGUACUUGGAAGAUUUCUUCAAGCUAAAUGUCGUCUUUCCGCCUAAGGUACAGUUGCAUCUGGGUAGCACCCUGAAUGCGGAAAAUAUAAAGGAGGGCGACGAUGUGUACUUUGAAUGCAAAGUCCGUGCUAAUCCGGAGCAUCACAAAAUCACUUGGCGCCAUAACGGCGCCGUGCUGACGCAAAACUAUUCGGCUGGUAUCAUCAUGAGCACCCAGAGCCUGGUGCUGCAGGGUAUAGGUCGCGACAACGCGGGAAAUUACACGUGUCUCGCCAGCAACGAUCGCGGAGAAACGACGAGUCCGAUUGUGAAUCUGAGAGUACAGUUCGCGCCGGUUUGCAAGUUGAAGGAGGUAACGAUUAUCGGGGCUUCCCUGGAGGAGUCUGUGAAGGUGCGCUGCGAGGUCGACGCUGACCCCAGCGAGGUGGAUUUUGUCUGGGAAUUCAACAACAGCGGCGAGAACUUCGAGGUCGCACCGGCCAGAUUCGACGGUAACAAUGGCACCAUGAGCGAGCUCGUCUAUACUCCCGAAUCCGAAAGGGAUUACGGCGCCCUGACCUGCUGGGGUAGGAACGUGAUAGGGAAACAAGAGACGCCUUGCAUCUAUCAAGUCAUUCCGGCAGUGAAACCAAAUUCCCUGAACAACUGCACCAUCAAAGCGUCACUCAAUCAAAGCUCGGAGAUCCUAGAAGUCGAGUGCGUGCCGGGAUACGACGGCGGGCUCCAUCAGGAGUUUCGGCUUGAGGCUUACGAGGUGCUGACUGGCACUCUUCGAGUAAAUAUUUCCAGCGUAUCGGCCGAUCUGCCGAUCUUUCGAAUCGCUGUGGCAGAUCUCCUGCCAACCACGCAUUUCUACUUGGUGACGUACGCCGUGAAUGCCAAGGGCCGCAGCGAAGUGUCGCGGCUCGAGGACAUAAUGCUACGAGAUUCGGAGAAGCACACGGAUACCGGAGUUAGCAUGCUGCCGUUGAUUCUCCUGCUGAUCGGCUGCCUGCUGGCCUUCGGCGUGACGGUGAUCUCGGUGAUGCUGAUGAUGUAUCGUCGCCGUGGCACCACGUCGCCCGUGCACAUUGAACCCUACAUGAAGCAGCCGAUAAUCACGCCGCCGGACUCGAGGAACAAUUCGAUGCUGGACGUGACCCACGGCGACCACACGUAUUUCGUCGAGUACACGUUGAAACAGGUCACCGAUUACACGCUCAAUAAUCAGCCGGAUAUCAUACAGUCACCGCAAGAUCAAGAUAAGAUCAAACGCGAGCCACAACUGUUUCUGCCAGUGAGACCGGACACGUUGUUCGCACCCUACGAUAUUCAUAAACAGGGGCUGCAAACGAACAGAUGCAGCCUGAAUCCAUUCUCCGCAAAGUCCUGGGAACCUAUCAGCUUCAAGGCCGAUCGCAACCUGAUGAAAGAGAUCAUCAUCGCCAAUUCCAUACCUGGCCCAGAGAGCUGCGUGUAAACUCGAUCGCGGGAGUGAAUUGAGACGCAAAUACAUACAUACACAUACACACACACAUACAUAUACAUAUACAUAUACACACGUACACACUACAUAGCACAGAACGAUCGAUUUCAAAAGCCUAAAAAUUGUAUCGCGCGCGUCAGUUGGACACACGCGGAUAUCAACGCAUAGUCAACGAAUCUCGUGUCUCGCUUGUUAACGCGCGCCGGUGUGACAUAUCACGAUGACGAUAUCGUAGCAGAUAACAUACAUAUCAGCAUAUCGUAGCAUAUCGUGGCGCGCCACGAUCUCUCCCGAGAUACUCGGAAGUUUAGAUCCCCGUCGACCCAGCGCGAGACCGGGACGAGAAGUCGCGAAUCGUCGCGACACGACCUAGUCACAUAAUUUAUAACCGAACGCUACACGUGGUGUACUAUUCCAAGUUUAAUAUAUUUUGUGUCAAGUCUUGAAA